AUGAUAGAAACGUUAAAAGUCUUAAUUUCCAAUAUUCCGACGUUUGUUUCCACUAUCUUUAAUCAUUUUGUAAAAGGACCUCCACAACCAUCCUGGAAUAUUCAAUUCCAUUUAGAAUUCGUCACCUUAAAAGUCUGUUUUGGCGAUAUUGCCCAAAGAACUAUUGAAUAUAGUCAAAAAGUCACUUCUAAAGGUCACCCCUUGCCUAAAGAAUUUAAAGAAGAUGAAAUAGUAAUUCCAAAUAAAUUUAGGGAAAAUGCUCAAUCGUAUCUUGAACAAGUUAUCAAAGAGUACGAAUAUGUAAUAGAUGAUGAAUGGAAACAAUUUGAAGAUGAUGAUAAAGUAUUAAGUGCCAAAUGGAUUUAUUCCAAAAAACAAGGAUUUAAGCGUAGCCAAGAAAAUUUAAGAGUAAUACUAUAUUUACAUGGAGGUGGCUAUUGCGUUUGUAGUGCAGAUUUUUAUCGACCAAUCACUACUAAAUUAGUUAAAGAAUCUGAUGCAUUAUUACUAGGCAAAUUAGCACCUCAAAAUCAAUUUCCAGCUGGACUACAUGACGCGAUAGCUGCCUAUUUUUAUCUUACCAAUCCUCCGGAAGAUGCCAGUUUUGAGCCAAUUGAUCCUAAAAGAAUUGUUAUUAUGGGUGAUAGUGCUGGUGGUGGAUUAACUUUAGCCACCCUAUUGGCACUUAGAGAUUCCGGAUUACCGAUGGUGGCUGGAGCGGUUUGUUUGUCUCCAUAUAUAGACUUAACUGGUAGCAUGCCUUCAAAAUCGGACCCUCGUUGUGAUCUCACUGAUUACAUCCCAACGCGUUUAAAUCCUUCACCUUCACCUGCUUUUACCGAAUACCAGAAAAAUGCUGAAAAAUUAUCGAACCAUAUAAAAGCAGAAACCCGAUCUCCAUUUUGGGAUGAAUCAUUUAAUCGCAAUAAACGAAUACAAAUUUAUGCACCCAAUGAAGCAUUGGGAAUACCGUAUGUGAGUCCAUUAUGUGCAGAAAGUUUAGCAGGAUUACCUCCUAUGUUGAUCCAAGCUGGAGAUGGCGAUAGACUUCGUGAUGAAGCAAUUUAUUUUUCAUUCAAAGCAAGUCAACCUGAUAAAUACAAAUUACCCGUCUAUAAUGCAGGAAAAUUUGAACGAUCACCUUUUAAAACGCCAACUAAUGUUACAUUGGAAGUUUACGAAGAUAUGCCUCACGUGUUUCAAUUCUUCAAAUAUUCCGAACCCGCGCCAAUAUCGUUUCAACAUUUUACCAAAAGUACAUAUUCAUUUAUAACAGUUAAAGGUAAAACAUUACCACUUAAUGAUGAACACAUGAAAAUAUUAGAGUGGACGGAAGUAGGUAAAUUACCACUAGUGGGAGGAUCUCCUGCUGACAAAUUGUAG